AUGGAUAUGCCAGCUAAGCAAAUUGGGCAGGCUAUGGAUGAACAAUAUAAGUGUGAGAUUAGUAGAAAUAUGGCUUACAAGGCAAGGAGUAAGGCUAGGAAGAAUAUUAAGGAAAGUGUAGCCGAACAAUAUGCUUUUGUUUGGGAAUAUGUUGCUGAAUUACAGAGGACCCACCCAAAUACGACAAUUGACAUUCAAUACAAUCCGAGAAGUGGUCCUGAUGAGAGGCCUACAUUUACCCGAUUCUAUUGUUGUUUAGGACCUCUCAAAAAGGGGUUUAAUGAUGGCUGUAGACCCAUUAUAGCAAUUGAUGGGUGUCACACAAAAGGAGCCUAUCUGGGACAAUUGUUGACAGCCAUUGGGAUAGAACCCAAUAAUGGAUGGUGGCCCAUUGCUUGGGCUGUUGUUGAAAAGGAGGCAAGAGAGCAGUGGCAUUGGUUCCUGAGCUUAUUGAUUGAAGACUUACAAAUAGCCACUGCCAGCAGUCAUUACACAUUUAUUUCGGACCAGCAAAAGGGGCUUGAUAGUGCACUUUUGGAACUUCUUCCAUACUGUGAACACAGAUUCUGUAUUCAACACAUGUACAAGAAUUUCAAGAAAAAACAUCCUGGACAGCCACCACCACAGCAUUGGUGUAAGGCAUUUUUUCCUCAUCAUGUUAAAUCUGAUAUGUUAGUUAAUAAUCUCUGUGAGACGUUUAAUGCAAAAAUAUUAGAAUACAAGGAUUUACCUAUUAUUGGAAUGAUAGAAGGAAUUAGGGAGUAUUUAAUGGGUAGAAUAGGAGAUGGGGCGGCUUGGAUGAAAAAAUGCCCUGGUGCUGUUGGUCCAACUAUUAAGGAGUUGAUUGAAAAAAGGCAAAACAGUCUAGGAAAUGGAAAACUGUGGCAAAUGGUGAUGGGGGUUAUCAAGUCAAAGGGCCUAGAGGGGAACAAUAUGCUGUGUAUGUACAAGAAAGAACAUGUACUUGUAAUUUAUGACAAGUUAGUGGGCUGCCAUGUUGCCAUUCCAUUACAGCACUUCAUAGAAUGA